CUUGCUACACUGGAGACAUUUUGGGUUUAAAGGGGCUGAGCUACCCGUCAGACCUAGUUCUCGGUUUUCCUAAGCUUCAUUGAAGAUGUCCAUCAUGGUGUAUCCACGGGAAGAGAAGCUCGAGAAGCUCUCUCAGGAGGAGAUCAUCUCUAACACGAAGCUGGUGAUCCAGGGUCUCGAGGCCCUGAAGAACGAGCACAACUCCAUCCUCCACAGCCUCCUGGAGACCAUCAAGUGCCUAAAGAAGGACGAAGAGGCGAACCUGGUGCACGAGAAGUCCAACCUGCUCCGCAAGUCAGUGGAGAUGAUUGAACUGGGCCUGGGAGAAGCACAGGUGAUGAUGGCCCUGUCCAACCACCUGAACGCGGUGGAGUCAGAGAAGCAGAAGCUGCGUGCUCAGGUGAGGAGGCUCUGCCAGGAAAACCAGUGGCUGCGGGACGAGCUGGCCAACACCCAGCAGAAGCUGCAGAAGAGUGAGCAGAACGUGGCCCAGCUGGAGGAGGAGAAGAAGCACCUGGAGUUCAUGAAUCAGCUAAAAAAAUAUGAUGAGGACGUCUCACCCACUCAGGAGGAGAAGGAUCGGGAAACACCGAAGGACUCCCUGGAUGACCUCUUCCCGAAUGAUGAGGAGGAGCAUGGCCAAGGAAUGCAGCACCAACACAACAGUGCGGCCGUGGCUGCAGCCCAGCAGGGAGGCUACGAGAUCCCAGCACGCCUGAGAACCCUGCACAACCUGGUGAUCCAGUAUGCCUCGCAGGGCAGGUACGAGGUGGCCGUCCCCCUCUGCAAGCAGGCUUUGGAGGACUUGGAGAAGACCUCUGGACACGACCACCCUGACGUGGCCACCAUGCUCAACAUCCUGGCCUUGGUCUAUAGAGAUCAAAACAAAUACAAAGAGGCCGCCCAUCUGCUCAACGAUGCUCUGUCCAUCCGUGAGAAAACCCUGGGCAAAGACCACCCCGCUGUCGCUGCGACACUGAACAACUUGGCUGUGCUGUAUGGAAAGAGAGGGAAGUACAAGGAGGCAGAGCCUCUGUGUAAGAGGGCUCUGGAGAUCAGAGAAAAGGUCCUGGGGAAGGACCACCCAGAUGUGGCCAAACAGCUGAACAACCUGGCUCUGCUUUGCCAGAACCAGGGCAAGUAUGAGGAGGUGGAGUACUACUACUGCCGCGCACUGGAGAUCUACGAGAGCAGGCUGGGCCCAGAUGAUGCCAAUGUGGCCAAAACCAAGAACAACCUGGCGUCCUGCUUUCUCAAACAAGGGAAAUAUAAGGAGGCUGAGAUUCUGUACAAAGAGAUUCUGACUCGUGCUCACGAGAAAGCGUUUGGAUCCGUAGAUGCUGAAAACAAGCCCAUCUGGAUGCAUGCAGAGGAGCGAGAGGAGAGCAAGGGCAAGCACCGAGACACCACCCCAUACGGAGAAUACGGAGGCUGGUACAAGGCCUGCAAAGUCAAUAGCCCAACAGUGAACACCACCCUGAGGAACCUGGGAGCCCUGUACCGCCGGCAGGGCAAGCUCGAGGCAGCCGAGACCCUGGAGGAGUGCGCCGUGAGGUCUCGCAAGCAGGGCAUUGACCCCAUCCACCAGACUCGUGUGGUGGAGAUCUUGAAGGAUACGGAUGGCGACAGGCGUCGGAGCCGUGACAGCCUGAGCAGCGUUAAGUAUGAGAGCGGCUCCGAAACCGGCGAGGAAGUGAGUAUGGGCGUGGCGUGGAAUGGGGACGGCAGUGGAGCCCUCCAGCGCAGCGGCUCUCUGGGGAAGCUGCGGGACGUCCUGCGUCGCAGCAGCGAGCUGCUGGUGAAGAAGCUGCAGGGCAACGGGCCACCUGAACCUCGCAGCAACAACAUGAAGCGAGCAGCUUCCUUGAAUUAUCUGAACAAGACCAGUGAGGACCCGUUCCAGACUCGGGCAGGCGGUAACUUAAGGGAGAGCCGUGGCCUGAGCUCCAGCACCGUGGACCUCUACUCUGGAAACUGAGCAGCAGGCGGAUCCGUCCAGGGACCCAAAGAGGCAGCUUCCUUUUCGGCUUGUCCUCUAGGCCUUAAUGAUCCCCCUCCGCACUACCAUUGCGCCUCCCCUACACACACCCUCCUCUGUCGGCAUCCAAACCCAAAGACCCAUCUCUAACAUUCGGACCCAAAGACUUUUGCAGUCACCAAAACAUAUUCGUACAUAAAUAGAGUUUUUUUUAUCCAGGUUGUUGCUUUUUGGUCUUCCAGAGACAAAUUGCCUUAUUUUUCCCCUCAUCAAGUUCCUAACUUAAUUGUCACCUCAGUGCCUCUUGAAUGUGGGCGAGACGACCCUCACCACCCCAUCUUCUUCAUAAUCACUGUGACUCUGCACUUUGGCUGCAUCUGUUACCAUAUAGUUGCCUCUUCUGGUAUUUUUCUCCUGGUGUUGUUUUCAUUUGAGAUAUUUGCAUAAUUUGUUGUUAUGUUCUGCGUCUUCUUGUACUAUUCAUUGGUUUAUUAGCGCAAAUUAGAAAUAAAAUUGUUAUCUACAAAAAUUUGAAAUAUAGAAGAUAGGUUGGUUGGUAUGGAAAUUCCAUUAUGUAAAGUUGUAAAAGAAAAAUUUAUUUAUGUCCGUUUUUAAUGAUUUCACCUAUUAAGAUUUAUUUGCAAUGUGAGGUGUUGGUUAAAGCUUUGGGAAACAGGGUGACAUUGAGUCAUCUCGCUUGUUAGGGAUAACUUUUUGUUUCAUACAAAGUUUUUGAAAGCAUUUUCAGAAAUGGAAACGGCUGCUGCUUCAACCUCUACAGCUUUGAGAUUCCAUUGAGCUUUUCUACACAGGUUUCUCUUCCACUGUAGAGAAAAUGCGGGACUCCUCUUUAAUCACUAUUGGUCAGAGAGUACUGAGAAUCACAACCAUGGAACUGCUGAACUGAUCUGCUUAAUUAAUCCUGGUCAUCCUGAAUGUUCUCUGGUGCCAUGCAGGACUCUUUCCGCCUGUUUCAGUCGACCUCUGCAGGAUUGAGCUACCAUCUUCUAAUGAUGUUUACAGGGAUUCAAAUGUGUGAUAGGCAUCUAGAUAUGUGAUAAUUAUAUAUAUAUAUAUGUUUAUAUAUAUAUGUAUACGUCUGGUUUCUAAUGAAAUAUCUCCAUAGGUGUAUAGAGGCCCAUUUCCAUCAACUAUCACUCCAGUGUUCUAAUGGUACAUUUGCUAAUCGCCUUAGAAGACUAAUAUCUGAUUAGAAAACCCUUGUGCAAUUAUGUUAGCACAGCUGAAAACAGUUAUGCUGGUGAUAUAAGCUAUACAACUGGCCUUCCUUUGAGCUUGAAGUUUGAAGAACAAAAUUAAUACUUCAAAUAUUAAUCAUUUCUAACCUUGUCAAUGUCUUGACUAUAUUUUCUAUUCAAUUUUCAAUUAAUUGGAUAAAUAAAAGUGAGUUUUCAUGGAAGACACGAAAUUGUCUGGAUGAACCCAAACUUUUGAAUGGUAGUGUAUGUAUAUAUAUAUAUUAGUGCUGUGAAAAAUAACGCGUUAACGCAUUAUGAUUAAAUUACAGGAUUAAUUAGUUGUUGUUUUUAACGCAUUUAACGCAUGCGCAGAAUGAGCUUCCAAUAGGUCUGUUGUUGGUCGUCUCUAACCAGCAGCAUGUCAUUUCUGUCUCUACGUGUCGCGUUAACAUGUCUCGGCUCUCCGUCUCGCGCGCCGCAGAGCUCCGAGAAUAUCGGUAAUAUGUGAUUAAUCAUGAUUAAUCCACAGAAACCUGUGAUUAAUUUGAUUACAAUUUGUAAUCGUUUCACAGCCCUAAUGUAUAUGUAUAUGUAUAUGUGUGUAAUACACACAUAUAUAUAUACACACUGUGUAUAUAUAUAUGUGUGUAUAUAUAUAUAUAAAUUUUUUUUUUGUGUGCACAAUUCUCAGAUGGGCAUUGUCUGAUUUUGAUUGGUUUGUUUUGAAGCUCAAAAGUACUGUAAUGUAUUUUUUUAAAUUGUUUUAUUCUUUUAAUCGUUUGUAAUAAAUAUAUAUGUCUUAUCGUGAAAUUUACAAAUCAUAGAAUUCAUCUGGAAAUGAACAGGAAUAAAGCAUUAUUGUUGGUUGAAUGCAUCUGUUUGGUUACAAUAAAUCCCAGAUGUCAUGAAUAAUGUCUGGAUAGCAAAUCGGAACCAUUCUUGAUUCAGAAAUUUUAAAAACUAUGAUUUUCUGUUUAUUUGUGUUUCUGUAAUUAAUUCUUUUAUGAGAUUGUACGUGGUUGAUGUACAUGUCUGGAUUUGAAAUUUGUUUUGUUCUUAAAUGAAUGAUAUGGCUUUAAAAAGAUAAAAAAGAAUCCGUGACAAAGAU